AUGAUGAAAGUGAAUUCUCAGAAAACAGAGGAAACUUUCUUGAAUUUUUGGAAGUUAUUGCUAAUGAGAAUCCGGAUGUGCGUAGUGUUGUGUUGGAAAAUGCUCCAAAAAAUCAUCAAUUGA